AUGAGAAAUUUGAAAGGAGAGAGGAUUUUAGAUUUUAGUGAUGCUAUGGAUAUGAUUGUCUGUAAUACAAUGUUUAAGAAAGAAUCAGAGAAGCUGGUGACUUAUAAGUCGGGUAGUACCAAAAGUGCAGUGGAUUACUUGUUAUUAAGGAGAUGUGAUCGAUGUAUAGUAAAAAAUGUGAAAGUGAUACCGGGAGAGGAAUGUAUAAAUCAGCAUCGACUAGUUGUAGGAGAUCUCACUCUUAAAGGUGCCAGGGUCACUAAAAAAAAGUUUGUCCCAAGGCUGAAGGUUUGGAAAUUGAAGGAGGAGAGUGCUAGACGUCAAUUCAAUAUGGCAUUAGCGAUUAGGGAGGCGGAGGUGGCACAAGCAUCUGGGGUGAAUGACAAGUGGGAAGCCAUGAAGAAAGCCUGGGUAAUGACAACUGAGGAGGUAUGUGGAGGGCCGCCUAGACAUAAGGAGACUUGGUGGUGGAACCCGGAGGUAGCGAAAGCCGUGGAUGAGAAACGGAGGUGUUACAAAGUAUGGUAUAAUAGCAAAGAAAAUAGUGAUAAUGAUAUUUACAAGAUGGCUAAAAGAAAUGCUAAGAAAUUAAUAGCGAAUGCUCAAGAAGAAAAGAGACACGAGUUUGCUAAAGAAAUGGAAUGCGCUGAUGGAAUUAAAAAUAUGGUUCGAAUGGCAAAACAGAUGUCAAAAAAGUGGCAGGAUGUGAUAGGUGUAAAGUGUUUGAAAAAUAAGGAAGGAAAAAUGACGAUUGAUAGUAGUGGUAUUAAGAACACCUGGAAGAUUUACAUGAAAGGACUUUGA